CGGGCCCCACAGCAGGCAGCUACCUGUUGGAAACGCAAUGGUGUGGGGUCUGGUCGGGCCUGCUGUUGGUGUACUUGUGAUCCAUCCAGCUUGUAGACCUCUCCACAGCCAGCCGCUCAGCUAGUCAUUCACUUGAUCAGCAAACUUUUCGCUCCACCCGAAGAUACCCAAACUCCUGCUUCCCUGCAUCUAGAUACCCUUCCCCCUAGCUCCAAUGUCAACCAUGUCCGAAUCCGAAGCAAUGAAGAUCUUCUUGAGAUCCCCUGUCACACAAGACAUGAUCCACCACUUGGUGACCGUCACGCUCCAGAUCUUGCCCUGCGAGUCGGCGAAAACCAUCACCGAGGCCCUCCCUUCGCCUCCAAACUCGCCCCCAGUCCUCAAGACAAAGCCCUUGCCUUCGUUGAUGACCUUCAUCACCAAGUUGGUCAGAUACACCAACGUGUAUACCGGCACUUUGAUGGCCACCAUCGUCUACAUGAACCGCUUGAAGAAAAAGCUACCCAAGGACGCCAAGGGCUUGCCUUGCACCAGACACAGAAUCUUCCUCGCCUGCCUCAUCAUCUCCUCCAAGAACUUCAACGACUCCUCCCCAAAGAACAAGCACUGGGCCAAGUACACCGACGGGCUCUUCAGAAGAGAAGACGUCAACUUGAUGGAAAGACAGUUGUUGAUGCUCCUCGACUGGGACAUCCAGAUCGACAACGCUCAGCUCGUCCACGCUUGGAAGAGAUUCUUGGACCCAAUCAGGUCCGACUUGAAGAAGGAGUCCAGAAUCAGAAACAACAUCUCCAAGGGCAUGCUCGUCGGCUCCACACAGACCAUUGUUGUUCCUCAGGAAGUAGACUCCUCCAGCUCCAACUCCAUGUUGUCUGCCUCCAACUCCAUGAGCUCCAUCCACUCUAGAGCCUCCUCCGUCUCCACAUCCACGAGCUCUAUCUACUCCACCCAUUCUAGAAGCUCCUCUGUCUCCUCGGUUGCCUCCUCCACCUACCAGAGCAACAACAUUGCCCAGCCAAACAUGCUCAAAAACGCUUCUCAAUUCCCUGGUGGACUUGACAAGCACAUGGGCAACUUGUACACUAACCACAGCAACAACAAUAGCAACAGCAACAUUAAUAUCAAUAACAAUACCAAUAAAAACAACAACCAGCAAUUAAGCCAAGCUCUCAAAUCUCUGAGCGCAAACACUCCUUUGAGCAACUACUUGAAAUCAGUAGCAAUGAAAGAAGAACAAGAGCUCAACGACUUGAUCAAGGAAUACUGUGGUUAUUGAUUCCAUUCAUUAGAACAAUUUCAAUUUCGUUUCUUUAUUUUAUUAUAUUUUAGACUACCUCGUUUACGAUACGCAAAGACCUUCUACUCACCUAGUAGCUGGAUCAUUUUUUUGGAGCUUUUUCAUCUUUUCUUUCCAUUUUCAUUUUCAUUUUCAUUUUCAUUUUCCUUCUUUUCUCAACUUACUUUUCUCACAUUUCAACCAUAGAUCUUUACUACCGGGUCAUUUACACUAAAUAUUUAUACUUUCCAAAUCUAUAUACCUUAAUAAAACUCAUGC